ACGGCCGGGAGGAGCGUUCUGCGCCUGCGCACGAGGCCCCAGUACGACCCAUUGUCAGUUACAGUCCAGGCCCAGGCCGGCUUAGAAGAUCUGACCGCGGGUUGUUUGAUAACCCCGGAAAACCCAGAAUAUUUCUUCCGUCUACCGACCAAUCUUGCCCUUCCAGGCCAGGGGAGGUGAUGGAGGCGCUGAAGGGCCCCCGCCCGCAGAGGUGGGUCACCAUGGACCCCGAGGACCGCCUGGCAGCCGCCGCCGUGGCCUUCACCCGAGUCUGUGCCAGCCAGGGGGAGGGGGACAGCCAGCGGAGCGCCCGCCCGCCCUCGUACGACCCGUACAGCAAAGCCUCGGUGACCCCCGGCGGGUGGCCCCUGCUCCCGAGGCUGCCCCGGAGCCUGGCGGCCGAGGGGGCCGGGCCCCCCGAGCCCGCCCCCCAGGCGGCCCGGAAGAGGCUGGUGAUGAAGAGGAAGGUGCUCCGGAGGAAGCCCGACGGGGAGGUUCAGGUGUCGGACGAGUCCGCCCUCCAGGAGCCCGAGUCCGGCGGCGAGAGCGACCUGGAGGGCGACCUGUGGGACUUGAGGCGGAGGCUGAUGGGGCUGCGGACCUACCACGCCCCCCGCCCGCCGUCCCCGCCCACCAGCGACCAGGGCACCUGCUCCUCCGGGGAGCCGGGCCCACAGCGCGGCUACCCGGGCACCGUCCGGGGCGACCCGGCCGGCUACCUGCAGCACGAGGAGCCGGACCGGCCGGCCUACGAGCAGGACCUGCUCCUCCCCAGCCGGCCCAGGUCCUUCAUCCUGCCCCGGGCGGAGCUGCCGGGCCGGGGCAAGGUGGACCGGGUGGCCCGCUACCUGGCGUACAAGCGCGACUGGGAGAGCUUGCGGCUGCCCGGGGAGACGGCGCACCGGGAGCUGCGCUGGGGCAUCCGCGAGCAGAUGCUGGACCGCCAGGAAGCGGCCCCCAGGCCCCACCAAGUCUACGUCCCCAACGCUUACCUCGUGCCCACUGAGAAGAAGAGGUCGGCUCUGCGCUGGGGGGUGCGGUGUGACCUGGCCCACGGCAUCAUCCCCAGGAAAGCCCCCUCCCUCUAGGCACCCCCUCCCUUCCAUCUUCCCCGACACCCCCCUACCCAGUCCGGGGCCCGGCCCAGCCUCCAACUUCCCCGAGAGGUUCGGAGGGGACGGACACUGAGCCCCACGCCUCGGCCCUCCUUUCCCCCCGGACAAAACGAAUCCGAGAGCCAACCGUAGAGCGAGGACCCUGCCCGUCGCCGGCCUCGUGUGGGUACAGAAGGCCGCGGCAGCAACGGGGGAGAGGCGCUACCCGGGGCUCGGAGGAGGGGAGUCGGGCAGGGGGAAGGGCAAGGAUCGGCAGCUCCUUCGCCAGCCUCCGCUCCCAGGAGGAGCCCAGCAAUUCCAGAAUCUCCUGGGAUUGUUCUAUUCCCAACCUCCAGCAUGGUUCCUGACUAAUAAAGAGUCUUUUA